ACUCGAAAGCCUUGUCCCCACGACGCCUGAAAAAGCGCUCCCAGUACUCAGCCGAGCUAAACUCUUCAGCAGUGCGUGGCAGCAGGUCCAUCUUCAGCUUCGCCGAUUCAAUAUCCAGCAGAUAAUAUUGCCCGUCUUCGUCUUUGAUUAUAAAAAUACAUCAACCACAAAAAUAUAAAGGACGCAUUUUCAUUCGUUCAAUGACUGUAUUGUCGAUAAGCAAUAGUUUUACUUCCCAAACUAGCUAGCAAUUGACUGAUUGCUACUUGUCCAAAUAGUUGGCAGAUUUCAAUUUCAAUCAUAUACGACGGAAUUCGUUGCAUGCGAUGAACGAUUUUAUAAUCAUGCUACUGUAUGGUUAAAUGGUAUUAUAAAUAAGAUAGCGGCGAGGCGCUGAAUGCAGAGAAAACACGCAAGUUUUAAAGUUCUUCUUCCACAUGUCUAAUUUUGACGAUUCCACUCGGACAAUAUUUGCAGCAGCACAGAAACGCCUGUGUUUUAAUUGGAUACUGUAGAUUUUUGGUGAACGCUAUUGGUGGUGGUAAUGUAGCUGAACCGGAAGAUACAGAGCCGGGCGCCGAAGGGAAAAGCAUGGCGUUGUCUGCUGGGAGAACCGUGGUGUUCGUGACUGGAAAUGCGAAGAAAUUGGAGGAGGUCAUUCAGAUACUGGGAGACAAGUUUCCUUACAAGCUGGUGUCUAAAAAGAUUGAUUUACCAGAAUACCAAGGAGAGCCGGACGACAUCUCUGUACAGAAAUGCCGUGAAGCAGCGAAACAGGUGGAUGGGCCAGUUAUUGUGGAGGACACCUGUCUUUGUUUCAGGGCUCUCGGUGGGCUGCCAGGGCCUUACAUAAAAUGGUUCCUAGAUAAGCUUAAGCCAGAAGGACUGUACAAAUUGCUAGCAGGGUUUGAAGACAAGUCAGCAUGGGCCUUGUGUACCUUUGCUUUCUGUGCUGGGAAGGAGGAGCCAGUGCAGCUAUUUAGAGGGAAAACUGAGGGACACAUUGUAGAGCCCAGGGGACCGCGAGACUUUGGGUGGGACCCCUGCUUCCAGCCAGAGGGCUAUGACAAAACCUAUGCUGAGCUUCCCAAGGAGGUGAAGAACACCAUCUCCCACCGCUAUCGAGCUCUCGCAGCCAUGUCAGAACACUUCUCCCAGCCAAACAAUGGACCAGAGAGCAAGAAGAAAAAACCUGGAGACUAAUCACUGCUCUUGGCCUCCGCAAGUAGAGGCACCCAGACAGACUCGCAGAGGCACACAGGGCUUUCAGUCGGUCACGUGUGUGUCUUUUUCCAGCAGCUGGAUUAGAAGUGUCAAAUUGCUACAAUUAGGUCUUGUAUUAAUGGCUCCUUUUCCUUGAGUGUAACAGUGAGUAUUGGUAACUUAUCAUGUUAUCUGCUUCUGUGUCUGAUUAUAAAAGGAAUGAUGUGUCUAUUCUCUUCCUGUUCCUUUCUCUUGUGGAUUUUAUAUCCCCAGAAGAUAUUGUGAUCUAGGCAUGAGCAUAACUCUCUGAAAUUGGUUAGAUGUAUUAAUCAUCAUGACAUGUAAGCUCAACUGUUCUAAAAACUAAAACUCCCUACAUCCUU